AUGCUGCCCCGAAUGAAGCUAAAAAGACAGAUAAUAUUUGCGAAAGAAAGAAAAUUCUCACAGGGGGGUUGUUGCCGCUUCAUCCUCACCAAUAGAGAGUUACAAAGUAAACUGAAGAAUAACAGCCUCCUCGUUAGGUUAAUAAAAAAUGUCAUUCCAAGUGGCGAGAAAGAAAAAGGGAUCAGUCACGAGGACGAGGGGCAGAUCAUCCAUUUGGGAUUUUCCUACCUUUACAAAAAUGUAACCGUUAACAAAGUGGGGAAAAGAAAACUCACGUGGUAUGGGGCGUCUAGUAAGUACAACGAUGAUUUGCUUUCCAAUUUGAGGAAUGAAAAUUCCAUCGACUUGUACCAUGAAGUUGCCCUUAGCCACUAUGUAAGCAGAGGUAAUAUGAAGGAGGUGUACUCCUAUGUGAUGAAUUGCUUAAACAGGCUGACCCCCCAGCAAGUCCUGCUAACUUUGCACAGCUUCCUCAUGCACGGUGUGCAGGUAGAUCAUUUAAUAAAAAUAAACGAGCACGUAAUAAAUAACAUUUAUAAUUUCAAGACAAGUGAGCUGAUUUUAAUUCACCUCUUUUAUGUCUACUUUGAGGGGAACUACAAAAAUGGCGUAGCGGGGCAUCAGCAUGAUCCUGUCCUUUACCAUGAACCCCCUUUUGGAAAAGACGAAAAUGAUUAUCCCCACAACCAUACUGAUGCUGAGUGUUCCUCGUCCAUCUGCAUCAGCAACCCCGUGAAGGAUAAAAUUGGCACCUUGGCGAAGGAACUGAUUAGAUACACCUCCCAUUUGUUCUACAAGAGAAGGGAACAUUUGCUCCUAAACCAGGUUGAAGAAAUUCUAUUCAUAUGGAGCAAGUACAAUUUGUACCAUAAAGAACUAUUCGAUCACUGUGUUAGAGUGGUCGAAAGGUCCAUGCAUUCGUUGAAGGUGGACUACAUGGAGUUGGUUCUAAAGGGGGAGUCCUCUCCUCUUACUAAUAUUAGAAAGGAGUCUAUUCACCACUUGAACAAUUUUGACCUCGUCAUUAAAUGUUUUUAUCACCUUUCUGGGGUGAGAAAAGUGACCCUCUUGGAAGAGACCCGCCUGAAGUACUUUUCCCAGUUUGCGCUCUUCCUACGGGAUAACAUUGGCUUACUGAUCCAGUUACCCCUUUGCAAGCUGUUCAUGCUUUUGCAGGUGAGUGAACAUACCCAUGCGAAGUGCGAAAUGGAAAAGGGGGACCACCUAAGGGGUCACCUCUUAAGCCUCAUCGAGGGAAGGCUAAAGCGAACCAACCAGGAUCACCACUACAGAAGGAGCACCUACCCACAGGAAGCGUCCAAAAAUGUGUCCAAGUGUGUACGGGUGUUAGACGCGGUGCAUGCAUACUACUCUGACGUGUGUAAUUCGGAUAGCAAAUACAUUAGCGCGAAGCAACCACCUACCUGUGUCCGUACCGAUCAAAUUUGUGAGAAGUAUCACAACGUGGGUGAGACGAUCGGGGGGAUCCCCACAGAUGCAUCACUCCCUAAAAUGAACAACACGUUUAACGCGAUCGCUGAGCUAAAAAAUUGCAUGCAUAGUGCUGAAAGUAGCCAUAUAGCUACGCACCAAAACGGCCGAAGAGACCAAACGGGCGUGUUAAAUUGCCCCCCAAACUUAACAUUUCUGAGCAGCAUUAAUGAGUACAUUGCGGUUGGAAGUGCAUCCUGUAAAAAGUACCUCCCUACCCUCCUAUCCACGUUGAAAGGACAAAAAAAAUUCCAACACAUGCUCCUUUACUUUAUAAAUAUUUUGGACAAAGGGAGUGGCGCGAAUGUAUUGAUCCCUUAUAUAAAGUUAACGUGUGAAUAUGUGAGCAAUAUCUACGUGCUGUCCUACAUGGGGUACCUUUAUAAAUGCGCCAUCGCGAGCAAGGAUUUUUCCAACCGAGCCAAUUUUAAUUCAGAAAAAGUCUUGGCAUUACUGUCAACCUUGCACACACUUAUACGUAACGAUUAUCAGGUUUUAGAGUCAGACGCGUGCAGUGGCAAUCCCCCGAAUGUGUCACCAAAUGGAAUAACAUUUCACCAAAAUAACGAACAAUUCCUUACAUCCCUGCGUGAAUGUAAUCCAAAUGUGUAUGAACAUGUUCAGGCAAAUUUACUCCACUUAAAUUUAAAGGAAAUAAAAAAAUUGGACGAAUUUCUUUUCCAUUAUGUGUAUAAACAUAUGGUGAAUGAUACGUUCGAAUAUUUGGCAAAUGUAGUACCUUAUAUGAAUAGCCAACCGUUAGUUAAUCGCCUUCUGUGGCUUUUUGUACAGAUAAAUAAUUACUACAGUGUGCAUGCCAACGAAGGGGGAGCCCCGAUAGGAGAGAAAAUUGCAACUUUAUUUUUCCAAAAAAUUUGCAUUUUGAAUUUUUUAACAACAUACCAAGAUAGGAAUGAUAAUUGCUACGAAGCAGCGAAGAAUAUUUUAACCUACGUACGUCUGGAAAAGGAUGUUGAGAGGGCCCUUUCAAAUUAUGUGUUAAAUUUAUAUUUUAAAAACUACACUGGCCGACUUGGUAAUGAAGGCAUAUUCGCAUACAUUACGGACAUCCUACAAAAAUUGUCCAACUGUAGUUGCGUCUUAACGUAUCAUCAGAACGAUGGGACUUUUCUGAUAUGCUCAAAUGGGACUGACCAGUUAAGCGGCCCAUUAGUGGGGAGCCAAAUUAUGCACAUAAUAAAUACGCUUUUGCAAAACAACUGCUGCGCCCAUUUGAUUAACUUCCUCUUUUUGAUUAAUGCAGGGGUUAGCUUCGGCACUCUCUUUGGCGGAAUUAGGAACCAUCUUUAUUCCUACGCAUUUUAG